AUGCCCCCUGCUCUCUGCAUGAGAUGCAAUGCUCAGAGAGCAGUUGUCAAGAGACCAAAGAAUUAUCACAAACUUUGUCGCGAGUGUUUUCUGGCAGUAUUCGAAGAUGAGGUCCAUCACACAAUUAUCUCUUCCAAAUUAUUCUUCCCAGGCGAAAGAGUGGCCAUCGGCGCGUCUGGAGGCAAGGAUUCUACCGUUCUUGCGUCAGUCAUGAAAACGUUGAAUGAACGCCACAACUAUGGGUUAGAUCUGGUACUGCUAAGUGUCGACGAGGGAAUCAAAGGAUAUAGAGAUGACUCGUUGGAAACUGUUAAGAGGAACGCGGUACAGUACGAAAUGCCGUUGAAGAUUGUUGGAUAUGACACGCUUUACGGUUGGACCAUGGACCAGGUUGUUGAAACGAUAGGAAAGAAAGGAAACUGCACCUAUUGUGGUGUAUUUAGACGACAAGCGCUGGACCGAGGAGCAAAGAUGCUUGAGAUUAAGCACGUGGUUACCGGUCACAACGCAGACGAUAUCGCUGAAACAGUACUCAUGAAUCUUCUGAGAGGAGACUUGCCGAGAUUAUCAAGGAGUACGAAUAUUGUUACUGGAGGAUCAUCCAGCGAUGUUAAGCGAAGCAAGCCUCUCAAAUACGCGUACGAGAAGGAAAUCGUACUCUACGCCUAUCACAAGAAGCUCGACUAUUUCAGUACCGAAUGCAUAUACAGCCCCGAAGCAUUCCGAGGUACAGCACGCACGUUAAUCAAGAAUCUGGAAAAGGUCCGACCAAGUGCCAUCUUGGAUAUUGUUCGGAGUGGUGAAGAUAUGGCUCGCUUAACCCCCGAUAAGAAUGAGAACGCAUGUGCUUGCGAUGAUGAAGGAAGUGGCGGCUGUGGAAGUGCUACCACGAACGGCACAGCCAACGAGAUGGAGCAGCUUGAGGCUAAGCUGUCGAAAACUAAUGACCAUGCGGCCUUGGAGACUGAAAUUAAGACAAACGGACAGAGUUCGAGCGACGGAGCUGUCAAGCUUCCUGUACGUCCUAGGAGGCAAAAGGAGCAAGCCGCUGCAGCUCCAACACCAUUACAGAAACUUGGUAAAUGUAUACGUUGUGGAUACAUGUCAAGUCAGGACAUUUGUCAGGCAUGCACGCUGGUCGAGAGGCUUAACAAGAACCGACCUGAGAUAGAGAUUUAG